CUCGAUUUUCUAUUGUUUGGUGAUGUUAUAUGGAUUGCUAUGCUCCGAUUUUGUAUUUCGUAAUUUAUUUUAAUGCAAUCUGCCGCCUGCAAUUCACCAAAAAAAGAAAAAAGAAAAGGCCGAAGACCUUCGACUCCCCAUUUCUGCAGUCUCUAAAUGGAGUCAUUAACUUCUGAUGAAGAUGAUGAAUGAUGAUGAUUCUGUCCCUCUCUCUGUCUCUGACAUUUAAUAAACAGCUCACUUUUCUCAGUAAUAUAUAGCUCUUUUUCUUUCUUCGAUAAGCAGCUCACAGCUCACUCAAUUCCCACUCUCUCUCUCUCUCUGUGUUUAUUUCUGCCCACAAAAGCAAUUAGCAGAACCCCUCCCAACAAAUCUCUCAACCACGAGGGGUCCCGCCAUUUUAACCUGCUCCUGCUCGGCCCCCAUUGGGAAUUCAUUGAAGGGGUUUACGGCUCUGGGCAUCUCUCUGUUGGGAGAUUCAUUGAUCUUCAGCUACCCAAUUGGAGGUUCUCCUCAAAGGUUCUUGCUUUCUCUGUGUUCUUCGAGGCUCUGCUGACCAUGCCCUGAAGUCCUCGAGGGAAAAGAGGUGAUUUUGAGCUCCUGGGGUAGCUUGGUUUGAUGAAUUGUUGAUUAUUCGCUUGGGUGGGAGGUAGGAAUGGCUUAAUUUCGGAGAAAAUAAGGUUUGUGUUUGCAAAGGUAAGCGCAUGUCGAUGUAAUUUCGUUGCCUUUGAUGGUGUCCUGUUGAUGAAUGCUUGAAGCCUGAGAGCUGUUUGAUCAAAUGUUUCCUGAAAGUUGGGGUAAUUUGUUGCUCAUGAGAGUGAGAGCGUGGAUUAAUAGCGGGGGAGGGAGCAUAAGCAAAGGCCACUCCGACCCUCUCGGGUUGCUUCUUGGUGCAUUUGAUGAUCUGUUAGUUUUAGUGUUCUGAGGGCUUUUUUCCUUCUCAUGUUAUUGAAGCAGGAAAGAUGGGCACGGCUGUGUGUGGUUUAAUCAACAGCAUUUCCCGCUUCAUUCAUCUGGUUCUCUGUCAGACUGCGUUCUCCGUCCAUCUUCAACCUCGUUAUAGAAAGACGAUGGAAAUCUUGAAGCUUUUGAAGCCAGUGCUUGAUGAAGUUUCUGAACAGAAGGCACCACUUAAUGAUCGAAUUCUAUGCAAGGAGUGUGAAGAGCUGGAUGUGGCCGUUAAUGAGGCCAGGGAGUUGAUGGAGAAUUGGUCUCCCAAGAUGAGCAAAAUUUCCAGUGUUCUGCAGAGUGAGCCAGUGCUGAUGAAGAUUGAGAACUCUUCAUUCGAGAUCUGUCGAAUAGUAUCGAGAUUAUCACCAUCAUCAGUAUCUUCAUCGACCCUAUCUAUGAUUGAGAAACUCCGACCUGUCAAGCAGGAUACAGUAGCCGAUUUGAUAGAGGAGGUGCUUAGAGAUCUAGAGCAUGGUAGACUUUCUCGAUCUGAUACCAUUUCCAAAAUUAUUGAGAUGCUUGAUCUGAAGUCGAAUCAGGGACUGCUGAAAGAAAGUAUUGCUGUCGAGAAGGAGAGGAUAAAUGCUCCAACCCAAGAAGCAGGGGAGAGAUGUCCUCUGUCCUUGGAGCUCAUGGUCGAUCCGGUUAUUGUGGCCUCGGGUCAAACAUAUGAGAGGGCCUCUAUACAGAAGUGGUUUGACCACGGGCUAGAUAUUUGCCCUAAGACCUAUCAACCGCUGACCCAUAAGAACCUCAUCCCAAAUUAUACUGUGAAAGCUAUGGUGCUAAGUUGGUGUGAACAGAACAGUGUCAGGGUUUCAAACAGCUCUGACAUGCAAAUUCCGUCAGGUCAUGGGUCCCCUCAGGAGUAUAAGCGAGCAGAUAGUUUUGGGUUUUUUCGGAGAAAUAGCAGCCGAUGUGAUCCGCGAAGGAGUGAUGCUUCGUGUAGAUCAAGUGGAGAAGAAUUCGGAGGGCAAAGUAGUGAGAACGAGAACUAUGAUUCUCUGUCGGUUGAAAAAGUGAGCAUUCAUAGCAGAAGUGAGUCUACCUCCAGUUUGAUAUCGAGUACUGAUUAUCUGCCCCAGAAAUCUGAUGGGACACCAAGAUAUUCUGGAAAGCCUGAUAAUAAUCCACACAUUCCACUGGAUCAGUUGAGUGGCUCCAAAGCAAGUAUUACAAAUUUGCCGAACGGAAGACUAGAUUUUGAUAAUUUGACUACAGAAUCUCAUGUUAAGAAGCUGGUGGAGGAUCUACACAGCCAAUCAAAAGAAGCAGAAGCAGCCGCAGCUGAAGAGCUGAGGCUGCUUGCGAAGCUCAAUACAGAGAAUCGAAUUCUUAUAGGCCAGUGUGGGGCCAUCCCGCACUUACUGUCAUUGCUAUAUUCUCCUGUGAAGCACACACAGGAACACGCUGUGUCUGCAAUCCUCAACCUCUCGAUCAAUGAGGAAAACAAGGCCCUGAUUGCUGGUUUGGGUCCUAUUGAGCCUCUUGUCCAUGCUUUGCAGUCAGGAAAUGAAGCUGCUCGGGAGAAUUCGGCUGCAGCACUGUUCAGCCUUUCAGCGCUAGGGGACUUCAAGGCCAAAAUUGGACGUUCUGGGGCCGUAAAGGCCCUAGUAGAUCUUCUUGGGUCGGGAACGCUCAGGGGAAAGAAAGAUGCUGCCACGGCCCUCUUCAACCUCUCAAUCUUCCACGAGAACAAAGGCCGGAUAGUCCAGGCAGGAGCAGUGAGAAGCCUCGUUCAGCUGAUGGACCCUGCCUCUGGGAUGGCUGAGAAGGCCUUGGCACUCCUUGCAAAUCUCUCAACAGUUGGGGAGGGAAGAGUUGCGAUUGUAAGGGAAGGAGGGAUUCCUCUAUUAGUUGAAGCCGUGGAGUCUGGAUCACGCAGGGGAAAGGAGAAUGCGGCCUCAGUGCUCUUGCAACUUUGCCUUAACAAUCCGAGGUUCUGCACUCUAGUCCUACAAGAGGGGGCUGUCCCUCCGCUAGUUGCCUUAUCCCAGUCGGGCACCCCGAGAGCAAAAGAAAAGGCUCAGCAGUUACUGAGUCACUUCCGGAACCAGCGAGAGGCAGCUUUGGCAAAGGGAAAAUCUUAAAAUCAUACCGAUGGCUCUUCCACCCAUUUGGCUGUCCGCUCGUCAUUGGUUUCUUUUCGAGCAAGUUCUUUGCGGAGCAUUUUGUUCGAUAUCUAUAAAUAGUCUUUCGCUGUCAUUCUUUUUGGUAGUUAAUUAAUUUCUCAAAUCUUCCUCGAUCGAAUGAUUGUUGAUCGAAGUUGCCGUUGGAGAAAAACUAAAGGAUGUGCAAUUGGGGUAGAGCUUUGUCGUUCUUAGAUUAUUCACGUGAUUGCAUAUUUACGCUGUAAUCGCAUUCUUUUAUUCGUUUGAGUGAGUUGUAUAUAAGUAAACACUUCUUUUGUAUAUACUGCUGAAGUUCUUGAAAAUUUUUUAAUUUACAAA